GCCAACACCCAUUCUAUUAAUUUGUUUGCUACCGAGUAGUUCGCUACGCCUCUAUUAGUACAAAUCAUCUAUGUUUAGCACAUCUGAAUGCACAGUUGUCUUCUUUAUGUUGUAAAUUCUCAACACUAAUAUUUAAACGGGAAUGUGCAAAUACAGAAGUAUGUAUCCAGUAAGAUUUCUUUUCCAAUCGAUGUUGGUGGUUUUUGGAGUUUUAUCAGUUGUAAGUGCUUCAGAUGCUAUUGGCUUAACACAGGCAACAACAAGUACAUCGACCACAACUACAGCAACACUUCUGGCACACUUAGAGACAGUUUCUAGUAUAAGUUUUCAAUCUGAUCAACCAACUUUAUCGGAGGUAUCGUCACCUCCUGUGACCGUUACUGACCAUACUGUAACUAAUGAUACACACGACACGGCAACGGAAUCUAACCUUACUACAACGUCUUCAAAAAAUACUGAACAACAAAUCGAUUUUGUCACAACCAAAUCAAUGGUUGAUAAUGAGAGCGAAACUAACAGUGCUACAGUAUCUACGGGCAUGACAGAAACAGGAACUCAUUUUGCUACAACACAGUAUCCUACAGUCUCUGAACGAACUUCAAUGCUAGUAGAUUGGUCAGGGACUAAAACCACUAUAGCUGAUUCUACGACAAACAUAUCCAUUCUCUCAGAUACCACGAAAUCAUUAACAGAGAAUGCUACACAAGAUGUGUUGACCCCUGGCGUAACAGAGCUCCAUACAAUGUCUAUGGAAAACACUAGACCAUUUUUAAAGACAGGCACCGAGACAGAAUCUGAACUUACUACAUUCGUCAAAGAAAACACUGACUCAAGCUACGCUACUACGCAUUCCACAGCAGGUACCCCUACUAGGACUAUAACUGAACUUGCUACGUCAUCGAUAGAUAGCACCAAAAUAAGAUCAAUGAAUACUACAACAGAUUUACCAAAAAUCUCAACACAAAGAUUACCAACGGGUAUAGUGGCGUCUGAAUAUCUGACCGAAAGCAAUUCAGCAACUGAUAUUCAAAAAGUAACAGAACCUGAAUCAAGUACAGAAAGGACAGCAGAGACAAUUACUGAAGACACUACAGAUUCACAGCAACAGAAUUCCACAACCACUGUUCGACAACUAACAGAGGCACAGAUGGUCAGUGAUGAAAUCGUCACCGUAGUAUCGACUGAUCAAUCCACACAACCUCAAACUAAAACGGAUUAUCCUACAUUUUCCUCUAUAUUCGAUGAUAAUAAUGUAACUCAAAUUAAAACUGAUGAGCAGCCUACAUUACAUACCGAAACAAUAACUAAGGGUCAGACAGCUUAUUCAUCACCUACGGAUAUCGUAUUUGAUACUGCUACAGCGUCUGUGCCAACAGCAUAUGGCACGGUUGAAAUUUCGACAAAGUAUCUAUUGACCGAAAUAACAGAUACAACAGAUAAAUUGUUGCUAACUUCUUUAACAGAACCCUUGAAAACGACCUUACAAACAGCCACCCAACCAACAAAAGAGAGUACAUCACUUGCAACAGACUCAGUGACUCAGAUUCACAGAGUAACAGACACUAUGAUGACAAAUUCUCAAACAGAAGUUUUGAAAUCGUCUCAACAACCAGAUGCGGAACAAACAACAGAGAAUGUAUCAUUCAUUGAAACUGAACCAAUUAGUGAAUUUCCACCAGAAACAGAUGCAACCAUGAUAAUGUAUUCUACAGAAUCAUCGACUAUACAACCAGACACUCAGUUAACAACAGAGAGUGUGUCAGUUCAUGAAACAGACUCAAUCACUAACACUAUAACAGAUAAAACAAUGCUAAUGUAUUCCACAGAAAUCUUGAAAUCUACAACACAAGCAGAUACAAAGACAACGUCACGGAGUGUCUCAGUUUUUGAAACAGACUCAGUUACUAAUGUUCAUACAGUAACAGAUACACCGAUGUUAUCGUCUUCAACAAAAUCAUCAACCAAACAACAAGAUACUGAGCCAACGUUACAGAGUGUCUCGGUGUUCGAAACAGAUUUGUUGACUACAUUUCAGCCAGAAACACGAACAUCAAGGAUAACAUAUUCUACAGAAUUGUUAACUUCUACUAUACAACCAGUCACUGAACCAGUAACAGAGAGUGUUUCAGUUUUUGAAACACACUCAUUGACUAAUGUUCACACAGUAACUGAUACACCGAUGGUAACUUCUUCAACAAAAUCGUUCAUAUCUACGCAACAGCAAGAUACUGAGCCAACGUCGGGGAGUGUCUCACUUCUUGAAACAGAAACAUUGACUAAACUUGGGACAGUAACAGAUAGAGUAAUAAUAACGUAUUCAACUGAUUCCUUAAAACCAAAUACUGAGUCAACAUCAGAGCGUGUUUCGGUUUUCGAAACAGACUCAAUGAAUACAUUUCAGCCAGAACCAGAAACAUCAAGUAUAAUGUAUUCUACAGAAUCUUCAAAUUCCACUGUACAAUCAGAUACUGAACCAGCAACAGAGAGUGUAUCUCUUCUUGAAACGGCCUUAGUGACUAACGCUCACACAGAAACUGAUACACCAAUGUUCACUUCUCCAACAAAUGCAUUGAAAUCUACAAAACAACAAGAUACUGAGCCAACAUCAGAUAGUGUCUCAGAUUUGUUGACUAAACCUCAGACAGUAACCGAUACAACAAUGAUAACAUAUUUGACAGAUUCUUUGAUAUCAACUAUAAAGCCAAAUACUGAGCCAACAAAGAGUGUUUCAGUAUUUGAAACAGAUUCAAUUACUGAAUUUUAUCCAGAAACAGAAACAUCGAUGAUUCUGUAUUCUACAGAAUCUAAAAAUUCGACUAUACAGCCGGACACCGAGCCAACAACAGAGAGUGUGUCAGUUCGUGAAACCAACUCAGUUACCAACGUUUACACAGUAACAGAUACAGCGAUGCCAACUUAUGCUACAGAUUCUAUAAAAUCUACAACGCAGUCAGACACUCAGACGAAACUAGAAACUGUCUCAGCUUUUGAAACAGAAACAGUGACUAAGUUUCAGACAGUAACAGAUGCAUCGACGUUAACUUCUUUAACGCAGUUUUUGGUAUCGACUGUGCAAGAUUUUGAUCCAACAACAGGGAAGAGUGUCUCUGUUGCGACUGAAUUUGACACAGUAACAGAAACAACGAUGAUAACUUCUCCAAAGGAAUUUUAUAAAACGACGCUACAACCAGAUACUGAUACAACAGUGAGUACAGUUUUUGAAUCAGUCUCAGUGACUGACUUUCAGACAGUAAUAGAUACAACAAUGUUCACUUCUUCAACAGAAUCUUUAUUGUCUACCACACAAUAUGACACUGAACCCUCAACAAUUAUUGUUUCUACUCUUGGAACAGAGUCAGUUACUGAACACGAUAAGCAUACAUCGUUGCAAACUUCUUUAACAGACUUUUCGAUAUCAACUUUACAACCAGAUAUUGAGCCAACAACGGAGAGUAAAUCAUUUCUUGAAACAGCAACAGGUUCAACGUUGCUAACUUAUUUUACAGAAGUUUUAAAAUCGACUAAACAACCAGACACACAUCCAACAAAAGAAAGCGUAUCUGCAUUUCAAACAGAUUCAGGGACUACAUUUCAGAGUGUAACGAAUGCAACAGACGUUGUGCAAACUUCUACAUCAAUUUCUACACCCAAUAUCUUUACAGAAACGGAGGUUAUUACAGAAUAUAAGACAGAUAAAAUGACUCUAAUGUUAUUAACUUCUAAUAGUAACGAGAAAACUAGUUCUUUUAUGACAACUUUAUUAACUCCGACCAUUAACUCAAGAUCGUCGGAAUUGAGAACAAUAACUGAAUCUUCGCCUGUUACUACACCUUUAAUUCUAUCAGGAUCUAGCACUAAUGUAGAAUCUGAAACGACACCAACCACUGAACGAGAAGAGAUUGCUUAUUCCUUGAUUACAACCUUAGUAACUGAAACCAUAGACACCAGACCAGCAUCGACUCAUACAGCAGGAACCAUUUCACAUACAGAACCUAGUACAACAAGUGUUGGUGUAACUGACUUUCAAACUUUCACGAAUUUUCAAGACAUUACAGAAACAAUACCGUUUACACUAACAGACAAUGAAACAGUUACAAAAUCUGCUACAAAUACAGUAAAUACGUAUUUGACAACCAAUCGCUCGAUGACUCAGUAUCAAACUAGCAAUUCAAUGACAGGCAUUAAAACAGACAACGAUUUUCUCACCCUUCGAACUACAAGCGAAGACCUCCCGACAGAAUUGCCUUCCAAAAGUCUAUCAUCGUCAACAGUAGUAUAUCAAACAACACAAGCUGCUUUUGAAUCUACAUCUAUUAUUUCAAAUCCAACCGAAGUAGGCACGCCAACACACGAGAGUUCGUUGACAACAGUUACAACAGAGAGUGUUGGUCAAACGACUGAAUCAAACACUGUAACAUAUAUAACCGACCUGAUGAAAGAAAAUGCAACAGAAAUAGGUCGAAUAACUAAACUAAAUAAUAUUACACAAUUCGGUACGGAGGUACCAUUUGAAACUACAAAAACAGGUAAUAAGAGUCAACCAAGUACGAAUGGCUUUUUUACUACUGAAGAAAUAACAACAAAAUUAAGCCAGUCGAGUCGUCCCAGCAUCACCAUAGAAACCACUCCAGAACAGACAACAGCAGAUUUAGAUUAUACUACUCAUACUGCUACUUCAUAUAAAACCACCACUGACAAUCUAGCUCAGACAACUAAGUCCACCACAAUGCCGCAUUUUACCACAAGUCAUAUAUCAGAGUCAAUGGAUUUAGGCUCAUCCAUACAAGCAACUAAUUUCACAUCUACCAGUCCGGAUACUACAUCAUCAGAAGCAACUGAGGUAUCUCAAACAGAUAAUAGAGUAACAUUUGCUACUACAGAUAGCAAGAAAACUUCAAUCAGUCAUACACUGAGCAGGAAUGAGACUGACACAGACGAACCGACAACACAUCGGGAUAAUAUGACGUCAAAAAUGUCAUCGAAUUCUAGAAAAUACUCAACUACCGGUACUGAUUUUUACACAUCGGCUACAGUUCGAGUUUCAGAAAUAACAGAUAGGAAUAGAUCAAACGAAACUGGAACAGAAUAUACCAAAAUGACCGCAGGUACAACAGCUUUUGAUAAUGUCAGUAAGCCUGUAGUUUGGAAACUUGUCGGAUGGGUGGUUGGUUCCUUCGUUUUACUGCUGCUCAUGAGUACAAUAUGCGUGUAUUUUGUAUAUUAUCAUACAUGUUACAGAGACAGACGACGGGAAAAACCAGUAGGCAUUUCGUUAAGACCUUCGGACGUUCGUCUGCAGUCGUACAUGGAUAUAGAUAUUGAAAAUGUCCAGGAGACAUCAGUAAAAGUUGAUCAAGAUAACAAAGAUAUCGACAGUUCUUUAGGCUGGCUAGCCGAUCAGCUAAAUUUAAAAUUCAUUGACGAACUUAAUGAAGAUGAUUGGGAGAUUAAGGGUGGAGGUAAACUCAAUAAAGGUGCUAACCUGAAUGAUGAGGAAAUACCUUUGUCUACUCUGGUACCUGGAAAUAAUCCAUUGGUAGUCGUGUCACUUGACCAAUCUACCAUCUGAGUAAAUAGGCUUUAAGUUAAUCAUAUGUUUUAGAACCUAAAUAUAAAAACUGCACUAACGCGAUACCGUGCUUGGUGGGUGACGAAAACCGACAGUGUUUAAGAAUACGUGCAACAUUGACGGUGUUUAUAAUAGCUUUGACUUUGAGUCUAUGGUCAGUGACGUUAGGCCAAUGUCGAGGCAGUGACCGUUUUCCCGAUUACUGAAGACUGGUGUUGAGACAGUGGGUAUACAAUCCCGAAUAUAUACAAAGAAAUGUACGGUGUUCUGUGUAUAAACUUUAAUAGUGAAUCUUUUCGGGACAGUUUCUGAUUCACAUAAUUCUCUACAAUGUCUUUGUGAAUGUGAUAAGCUAAUGAACAGUAAUAUUUCAAACCAAAAUAACCAAAAUUUAAACAAAGAGAAUUUAGUUAUAAGCAUACAGGACUUUCAAUUUUUCUUCUCUUUUAUGCUCCGAGAAUGUUGUAGACGUUUUGUGUGUGCGCACUUUUUGUAAAAACGUCCAACAAAUCAGGCCUACAUUUUGCAUUUUGUUGUGCCAGACUUUUCAACAUUUUAUCUUUUUGUUUCCGAAGCGCAUAGAAGCUUUGCAUUAACGCUAUAUAUAAGUUAAACUUUAUUAUUAUUAUUAUUAUUAUUAUUAUUAUUAUUAUUAUUAUUAUUAUUAUUAUUAUUAUUAUUAUUAUUAUUAUUAUUAUUAUUAUUAUUAUUAUUAUUAUUAUUAUUAUUAAUAUUAUUAUUAUUAUUAUUAUCAUCAUCAUCUAAAUUUUAUUGUUAUCAUUAUUAGUGUGAACUCUGUAAAAAUGUUACUGGCAGUACAAUCGUUAUGGCGUUAUUUGUAUUUAAAUAGGGUUUAAGUAUGAUAAGUGGAAUUAUUGUAUUCAAAUAUUUGCUAGUAAGUUGCUUUAGAGUUAUUAUCAAUUGAAUUGUUUUCACAUAGGCCUAUUUUGUACGUAUGUAUAUAUUUUACUUUUAUGAUAUUAUUGUACUAUAAGACAAUGUAUAUUGUAAUAAACUGCAAGCAAUCGAUUUCCGUUAAUUAAGUAAAAAUUCUUCUUAUCUUAUAUAAAGUCCGGUAGGAACGGGGGUUCCCAUGCACCCCCAGAAUAUAUUUUUUAACUAACAUUUUUGUAAUCCUCAAAGUGUCUCAUGAAAGAAUUUUGAUGUUCCCAUAAAAAAAAUGUCCCAUGGGGUUGUUGGUGGCCAUUUUGGCGGCCAUCUUGGAUUUUCAACGAAAAUAAUUAAUUUUUAAAAUUCAUUGACUAAAAAUCAUGUAAAAUC